AUGACCGACGACGACAAGAUUGUAGACAUCACGAAGAAGAUUGAGCGGGAAAAGGCCCUCAUUAAUGCGGCACUGGUUAUGCGGCAGCAGACCCUCAAUGAUACCGUACGACAGAAACUCGACAGCCAGGUCCGCGAGGGCCGCCGGAACCUUGCUUUCUUCGAGAGCCGGCUGAAGGAACUGGAAAUGCGCCGUAUGAACCAGUCCAUGGAUAACAUGUCACUGGGCGGAUCAACAUUGGCCUCCACCAGAAGCAGCGAAUAUCAACACGACGACAGCGGACGACCUGCACCUCCUCCCAAGGAUGGGUCCGGAUAUCCUUCAAACUAUGGUGGCCAGGCACCCUACGGUCCUGGUGACCUGAUGCCUCCUCGAGGCCCCUUCCCUGCUGGAGCGCCAAAUUCAUCGAUCCCCAAGUCUCGCCCCAACUUUUCAAAGCUUGAUCUUAUCAAGUAUGACACUCCCCAUCUCGGACCACGUAUUCAGCACAUGCUGUCGCAACUUCAGUUCAAGCUCAACGUGGAGGAGCAGUAUCUCAAGGGUAUCGAGAAGAUGGUUCAGCUUUACCAGAUGGAGGGCGACAAGAAGAGCAGAGCGGAUGCUGCCGCUAAGCGCGUCGAGAGUGGACAAAAGAUCAUACUCUUGAAGCAAGCACUCAAGAAGUUUGAGGAGCUGAAUAUCGAUAUGGAUGCAGAUUCUCAGGAUGAUGAUAGUAUCAACAUGCCUAAUCUACGCAAGCCUUUAUCCGGUCAGCUCUCGGUUCGCAUCGUGGCUGUUAAGGAAGUUGACCAUGCGCCUCUGACCCGCUUCUCCCGCUCCCCGGAGACGUUUAUCACACUCAAGGUGGAAGAUGCCAUCGUGGCGAGGACCAAGGCCUCCCGCAACGACAGAUGGGAGUCGGAAUACCACAGCAUCUUCGUGGACAAGGCCAACGAAGUGGAGUUGACGGUAUACGAUAAGCCCGGUGAGCACGCUGUGCCCAUUGGUCUUCUUUGGGUCAGAAUCUCCGACAUUGUGGAAGAGAUGCGCCGGAAGAAGAUCGAAGCCGAAACUACUGCCCAGGGAUGGGUGUCUGCCGACCGACUUGGGUCCCAUGAUGCCCGCGGUGGCCCUCCUCCUGCACAGUUCCCUAUGGGCGCACAGGCUCCCCAAUUCCAACCACCCCCGACAUCUCCAGGACGGUUCCACGGUUCUGAAGACGACCCGCAGUUCUUAGCCCCGAGACCUGAUGUUGCCCCCGUCAUUCCACAAUCGGUUGAGGGCUGGUUUGCACUGGAACCGGCAGGCCAAAUCUUCCUCAAUCUCAACUUCGUCAAGGAUACCAGCGGUCGCGGUAGACCCGCCGACGCUGGUCUUGGACGCAAGGGUGCCGUGCGUCAGCGCAAGGAGGAGGUUCACGAAAUGCAGGGUCACAAGUUCGUCGAGAAACAGUUCUACAACAUCAUGCGCUGUGCCCUCUGCGGUGAAUUCCUCAAGUACUCGACGGGCAUGCAAUGCGAGGAUUGCAAGUACACUUGCCAUACCAAGUGUUACUCACAGGUGGUCAUCAAGUGCAUCAGCAAGAGCAAUGCUGAUAGCGACCCCGACGAGCAGAAGCUCAACCAUAAGAUCCCCCAUCGUUUUGUUCCUUUCUCAAAUUUGACCGCCAACUGGUGCUGCCACUGUGGUUACAUGCUUCCAAUUGGUUCGAAGAAGAACUCUAGAAGAUGUACAGAAUGCCCGUUGACUGCUCACACUCAGUGUGUGCAUCUUGUUCCCGAUUUCUGUGGCAUGUCCAUGUUGCAGGCAAAUCAGAUAUUGCAUAGUAUCAAGAUGGCAGCAGAGCAGCAGAGGACCAAGAAGGAGAAGGCCAAGAGCGGCUCCGCAUCAUUGAGCGAAAAGACGCUGAGGACGGGCAGCAAAGGAACCACGAGUAGCGUUGGGUCCAGUUCGACUUAUCCGCCCGUUUCCUACACCCCUUCAACCGCUUCAGCCGACGCUACUGAAGCUGCAAAGCAUAUGUACAGCCAGGGGUCCCCCCAACGUGUUUCUGGACCAGAUCGGACGUCCAUAAGCUCAAGCGCUGCCUCCGCCGCAGCUGCCGCUGCCAUGUCCCCCAAGCCCCAAACUCCCACACAGCAAACCCCGAUACCUGAUUUUGGGCCAGGACAUUAUGGUUCACCUGGUGGAUAUGGACGUCCUGGCCAGCAAGAUGAUAUGUAUGGUGGAUCGCCAGCUCAGCAUCAGCAACAGCCUUAUGGCCAGCAGCCUCAGCAGCGCAAGUACAACCCCGCCGACUACGCCAACAUCGGGGCUUACCCCGUGCAACAACCAGCGCAGCCCCGCCCCGUUCAACCACAGUCGCCUCCCCAGCAGGUAGCCCCGCAUCACCAGCAACCGAUGUACCAGCAGCAGUCUCAGCCCGUCUUGCAUCAACAGCCGCCCAAGCAGCAGCCGUUGCCGGCGCAAACUGAGCCUGCCAUGAUUGUGCCAUCGGCGUCGGGCGUGCCGGUUCCGACCAAGAAGCCGCUGCCCUCGGCCACCGACCCGGGCACUGGCAUGCGCAUUGGUUUGGACCACUUCAACUUCCUCGCCGUGCUUGGUAAGGGUAACUUCGGCAAGGUCAUGCUGGCCGAGACAAAGCGAUCUCGCAAGCUGUAUGCCAUCAAGGUGCUCAAGAAGGAGUUCAUUAUAGAGAAUGACGAAGUCGAGAGCAUCCGGUCAGAGAAGCGCGUCUUCUUGAUCGCCAACCGGGAGCGCCAUCCCUUCCUAACCAACCUUCACGCUUGCUUCCAGACCGAGACGAGAGUGUACUUUGUGAUGGAGUACAUCAGCGGUGGCGACUUGAUGCUGCACAUCCAGCGUGGGCAGUUUGGUACUAAGCGGGCACAGUAA